AUGCGACGCGAUGUUCCGUUCGACGCCUGCGACGGUGGCAGCGAAGGCACCUGCAUCCUCGGGAUGUUCGUCGCGGAGCGCUGUCAGAGCGUCGAGGUCUGCCGGGGUGUUGAAGUCCUGGAAAGCCGCGACGAAGGGGCCGAUGUCUCCGAAGCGAGCCUUGAAGGCAUCCCAGUUGUCGCUGAGGAAGUCGAAGGCGAGCUGGCGGCUCACGAUAGUGCGAAAAACCUGAGCCCCGUCCUGCACGCGGAUGGGGGACGUCGACGAAAGGAUGUCAUCCAGCAGCCGAGACAGAAGUGCCUCGUUUGUGCACGAUGCGAGAGCCGAAAGCAUGGCGCUUCUGUCGGAUUCAGAUCCCGUAAGCUGAUUGUGCUGGUAUCCAAAUUCCCAGUCGCUGUCGUCGCCUCCAUAAAUUCCGUAAACGAAGACAGUGCUCUUCACGUUUGGACUCAGGACGCGUUUAUCCGGAUCCUGUGGAUCGUAGACGGACUUCCAAAGCUGGAAGAGUUCCGACGCCCGUUGAAUGCAUGCAAUGCUUUCCAUGCCGCAGGAGAGACUCUGGAUCGUGUUGGCAUAGUACCACUCCAUGAUGUCCUCGUAGACUCCCGUGAACUCCUCCAGCGUCUCGAACGGCGUUCCGGCGAAUCUCGGUUCCAAGAGACUCAGCAAAUACGUCUGGAUCAAAGCGUACCGUUCGGUCGAAACGAACAUGCGGAUCGGAUAAUCGAGAUGGGUUGCAGCAAUGGCCCAAGGAGAGUACUCCGUCUCGCUUCUCAGGAAUCGGGUGAGAGACAGAGGAACGUCGUAGGAUGCCAAGUGUCCCGACGCCACGAAAGUGAAUGCGUCGUCGAGGAACUCCGCCCGAUUGGGGAAAGGAAACUGGUUAGGGUCUCGCUCGAGCUCCGAUGCCAGGAGCUGCCAGUUCUGGAGGUCGUAGUUGAUUCGGCAGAACCCCGUGGGGUCGGGGUUGGCAUCGGGGUCGCUGAAGAAUCUUUCUUGUCGUAUGCUGAUCUCGCCGGUGUCGUAGUCGCGGAUCGCAGUGAUGAAGGGGAAACCGGCUUGUCGGGUCCAUCCGGUCAUGAUCUGCGAGAUGGUGCGUCCCCCGAGGUCGACUCCCCAGUCCUCGGCCGAUGCCUGCAGGUGACGCCACAGGUCCUCCUCCACCACGUUAUCAAAGCUAGACUCGGCAAGAUAGGCCGCAAUCCCAUCGUAGAACGGUUCCACGCCGCCCAUGAAUCCUUCGAUCAUUUUCAGCAAACCGCUCCCUUUCCCGUACGCGAUGUCAAAGAGACUCCAGAUCUCGUCGAGGGUGAAUACGUCCGCGACCAACGGGUGGAUCGACUCCUGCGCGUCCGCCCCGAAGGUCCCCAGCGUGCUCAACACAUUCGAAUGCUCCGUUUUCCAUGCCGGAUUCGGUCCCAGCACCCCCAAAUACGUGCAGUACAUGGCGAAACCCUCGUUGAGCCAAAUCAUAUCCCACCACUUCAUCGUGACAAGGUUCCCGAAGAAAUUGUGUGCGAGCUCGUGCGACGUCACGGUACUGGUGUCGUAGACCCUGGAGAAGUGAUCCCGCUGGUUGUCGACGAGAAGAGCCUCUUCCUGAUAAGUGACCAAACCCCAGUUCUCCAUCGCUCCGUGCAAGAAGUCUGGAAAGCUUAUGAGGUCCAUCUUGGGCAUGGGUUCGUCAGUCGCAAAGAUUUCUUCAAAGUAAAGCAUCGUAAGCGGCCCGUAACUGAGCAUGAGCUCACCGUCUUCGAUGACAUCCGGCCUGGCAUACACCCCAAACGGCGUCGGACCGUCGGAGGUCAAUCCGCUGAACUGCGUGACCGCGAAGCAGACCGUAUAGGUCGCCAUCGGGACCGACUUCUCGAACACGUCCAAGAACGUCCCAUCCUCGUCCAACAGCGUCUCCUUGAGCGGCAUGUUCGCGAGCGACAUCCAAUCCUCCUCCCGUCCGAUCGCGAUGUCGAAUCUUGCCUUGAGGUCGGGUUCGUCGAAGCAGGGGAACGCCAGCCGCGCGUAUGA